AUGACAGCGCUCCAUCUUCUCCUCCUUCAGCUGCUUGGCUGCUGCCCCCAAGGCUCCAGGACCUCCUCUCCCCGUCUCCAGCCACCACCCCUGCUGGUCACCUGCUGGGGCCCUCAUGGACAAGUCUCUCAACGGCAGGACAACAGGCACUGGGUCUCAUGCCUGUGGAACAGCACCAUGAACCUGCGUUACCAGCCUGCCCCAGGAGCAAGACCAGAGGCAGAGAGGAAAGAGGGGCGGCCGCCACCCCCACCUCGCUGCUUCUGGUACCUGAACUCGGCCUGGGUGAAGAACACCUCACGCUGGUCAGGCCAGAUCAUGCUGCAGACAGGCCUCCUACCAGAAAGCGGUCCUCUACCCGUGGCCUCCAGCCUCCUUACAGUGCAAUGCUCAUCUGCUUCAUGCGCUGCACCCGAGUGCUUUCACCACAACGUGAGCAUCGAGAUGUCUGGGCAGGAUAUGCGGCUGUUCGUGCUUUGGCCGCAGACACACCUGAUCCACGCAUGGCAGCCAGUAGAGCUGGGCUGGUGUGCACGUCUCAAGAGUGCCAGCUGGCAGUACCGCUUCAGCAGCCAGGGAGGCAGCCCCUCUACUCUUCUCCUUCCCAGCAGUGAGCACGAAGACACGCCACCACCUGCUAUCUACCCAACAGCCGAGUUGCAACAGACCUGUGCCACCUACUACAGCUACCGCUUGACUGUGCGCUACAGGCACCAUGGGCUCCACGUUGCUUCGGUCAGCAUCGAGCAGAUGCCUCAGAUAAGUCUCAGCCUCUCUCUCAAGGUAGAGCCUGACUUGCUGCAUGUCCUCAGCAUUGGCUCCAAGCUCCUUAGUGUUCCUCAACAGCCCCUCAGCCUCUCCUGGAGGCUUCAGCCCCUUACCCUGAGGACACUGGCCUACAGACUUGUGGACACGCAGGCUAUAGGAGGUUGGCUCCGUUCCUACAGUUCCUUUACUCUGCAGAGCAACUUCUGUGCCAUUCCCACACCUCAGAGCCUGGAUGAGAUGGUGGUGGCCAGCAUUUACUUUCAUGUUGAUGGAAAGAGGUUCGAGGAAUUGACGGGAGAACUACAUCUACUCAAUGGUACCCUGAGCCUAACUGCAGGCAGAGAAACUCCCACCCAUGUCAACCUUCACCCAGGGAAGACCAACAGUAGUACUUACAUUUUCAGAUACAAGCACGGAACGUUUUACACAACCAAAGAAAAAAACAGCCUUAUUUCCACAGUUGGCCCUAACACGCGCACUGUGUUCUACCAACACAAGGAGCUCUCCUACUUACUCUCCGUAGAGUUUGUGGCCUUCCAGUGGUACAAGUUCAAUAUGUACCUUUAUAUGAAUAAGAAGAGGGCUUUGUUUAGGUCUCUGGCAGAAAGAGACCUUGAAGUCCAUGUUUUCAGCAGCGGCCAUCCUUUUCUGCAGAGCUUUACUUAUUUAGUGUGGUUUAUCCCUGCACAACAUCCGAUGCUACAGUGCGAGUGGACCUUCCAUCUGCAGCUUUUUGGAACACGAAAAGACCACCUUCUCCAGAAUAGCACAUACACAUACAAUGAUCACGUAAGAAACGCCACACGUUUUGUCCGUCGAUCUGCUUUGCCCUUCGAUCCAGAGAAAUACACGGGGUUUGUGGCAAAAGUGAACUGUACCAGAAGUGCACUUACACCAGCUCUUUUAAGCGUCAGAGUCAACAACUAUGCUGCAAAAACCAUAGAAGCACCAGUGUCUUGCCAGAAAGAAGCCUGUUACAUAGACACUGUGCAGAUUCAGAAACCUGUUCUUCAUACCUCUGUCCUGCGCCAGAAAAGGGGGACAUCUUUUUACCUCUUUGUCAGAUUGCUAGUAGACUGCAACGUUGGUAUAUCUAUCAAGCCCUUGUGGCGAAUCUAUCCUGUUCAGGACACAAUAACUGCUCCGAACUGGACAAAACCAAUAAACUCUUCUUUGAUGUAUGGCGUAGAAAUGAUACGCUUAACUGUUCCCAGUUUUACUUUAGAUUACGGGUUGUAUCUGUUUUAUUUCACUGUUGCAAUAACCCCGAUUAGGACAACAACAGUCCUCAGGGGCUCAGAUAAAGUUUAUGUUCAGAUUGAGAGCACCGAUCUAGUGGCAAAUAUUGCAGGAGGCACGUUCCGCACAGUGGGUUUUUCUGAUAAUUGGACUCUUGAUGGCUCUGCAUCCUACGAUCCUGAUUCACAGGAAGGACUAAAGGGAAUCACAUUUACUUGGUACUGCACUAAAGAGGUGUCAGACUAUAAAAACAUGAAAGUCAGCCCGGAAAAGAGAUGCCAUCCAGGCCAGAGGGAUUUGAAAUGGUUAACAUCCUCAGGUCCAAUUCAAGCAAUGCCACCAGAAUCCCUCCCAGGAAACACCAUAUACUACUUUCGUCUAGCAAUUCAAAAGGACAGAAGGAGGAGUUAUGCCGACCAAACUGUGGAUGUACAGCCUGGCUCCCCACUCCUUCUGGAUGUGGCAUGCCUUGAAAACUGUGGUAGCACUCUAAUUCCAACAGAGAGAUUUACCUUGUCUGGAAGAUGCCUAAACUGUAGAACAAACAGCCAGCCAGUCUACUAUUGGUCCCUUUUUUCAGAAAAUGCUACAGAAAUUAGCUUUGACUGGUCUUCCAGAACGUCAACGGGGAGGUCUGGGGCUUAUCUGUCUAUACAUGCUCUGACUUUUACAAAGACUGCACAUCGAUCCUACAUACUUCUGUUAAAAGUUACUACCUGGGAUGGUAGGUCCUCAAUCUACAGACAUGCAUUUAAGGUAAAUUCUCCUCCUAGGGCUGGCAAGUGUACCAUCAACCCACACGGGGGCACAGCCUUUCUGACAAAAUUUGUUGUUCAGUGCAGCGGAUUUUCUGACAGCAAUUUACCUCUGACAUAUAAAGUGAUAGUAGCUUCCGAUGUACCCAAAACUACCCAAAUAACUUCUGUGGAGGAAAAUACAUUUGGCACAAUUCUGUACUUUGGUUAUCAGCCUAAAAGUCCUCCAUCUUUUCUCCCAAUUGGAGUGCCCUCUCAGAAGUACACCUUGACACUUUACGUUCAAGUCCGCGAUUCCCUUGGAGCAUUUACCCAAGUGAGUUUAUAUGUCCGUGUGCGGAACCCAGUUAACAGUCGACCACUAGCUGUUGUGUUUCAUGAACUGCUGGCCUCAGUGAGCGGUUUAAGUGCACCGAUGACAUCUUAUCUCCAGACCGGAGAUUAUUUUAGUGCGGGUUAUUUGGCUUAUCUAGCAGCCUCAGUCUUAAACUAUAUUAAAGCCCCACCAACUCUCCAGCUCCCUAAGGCUCAGUUUCGGGAAAGCCUGAUUAAAACAGCCCUGAAUAUUUCAGUUGAGAGCACAAUGGAAAUCAACCAAGUAGUUGCUUCUCUUUCUCAAGUCACAGAGGAAGCUGAUGAAGUGAACGUUAGAUCACAAGACCUUGCCAUUAAGAAACUGACAGAAGUAACAGGAGUGCUGAAGAUACAGAGGAAUGAGAGCCACUGGUCUGAGGAAGCAGAAAUUCAGACCAGUGGAAUACUAAGAUGCUUGUCCAACAUCCUGAGAGCUGCUCUUCUGCAUCGCAGGAAUGUCAAUGUAAGUGGAGUUAAACAAGUCUUCUCCAUCAUGGAAAAUUUAACGGAGAUAGUUUUCCAGGGCAAAGUCCCUGGAGAAACAGAAACUCUAAUGGAAACAAAACACUGGAAUAUCACUCUGAAGAAAGAUGAAACCUGGAACAUUGCAAAUGCUUUCUCUACCAGAAAUGCUUGCAGGAAUUGCUUUUACCCAUCACUGAAAAAGGGAAAUUAUUCAGGAUUGCCCCAUGAUGCUGUGAUUUCCACUGCCCUUUUUGAGUUUGAUGAGAACCCCUUCCCUUGGUUAGGUUACACAUCAGAAAUCGCAACAAUGGUCUUGGGGUUUAAAAUGGCAGAGACCAAGGCUAAUGGGGAUCUACUAGGGAUCGUGCCUGAAGGAGCAGAAAUUACUAUUGCUAGGAAAGAUAAGGAAUCUUCAACUUUUCAGUUAGCAAUGGGACCCGAUAAAACACAAGCUUACACAACUGGAGGAUUUAGUUUUGAAGUCAACAGAAAUACCAAGAGUAUAUACAUCCAGAUCCUGACAAAAUUAAAAGUUACUUUCAAGGUGCUAGUAUUCACAGGCGCCAACGUCACUCAUGCUCAUCCCAUAGCCUCGUUUGCUGCUUUUCACAACAUGCCAACAGUUGCAAGCAAAAAUGAGACAGAUAGUGCUGACUGUAACAUUAAGGCUCCCUAUAUUAUCUGUCUCCCAGAGUCAUUGCUGACAGCCACGGCUCAAGGAAGCGGUACAGACACUCAUAACAUCUCCAUUGUCUUGCUGACACCUUAUGUCGUAAGGUAUCAAACCCAGAGACUGGUGAGCAUACACGUUUUUAGUGAUCAGUGCUUAUUUCUGGAUGGGGUUCGAAGUCUGUGGAGAGAAGACACGUGCAGGCUUGGCUCCUUGACCGACUGGCAGAGGGUACACUGUGUCUGCAAUAUGAAGCGGAGUCGCAGAAGUCUGUCAGUUCACACUGCGUCAAAUGCAUCCACGUUUGACAUCAGGUUCCUGGCAGCCAAAGUAAUAGUUACCCCCAACACAGUAGAUCUGGGAAAAACCCUGAUAGCAGACAUACCUAAAAACCCAGUGACUCUCUUAACAGUGCUCUUUAUUUUUGCUGUCUACUUUCUUUUGUCCCUCUGGGCCAUGAGAAAAGACAGGGCUGACAGGGAGAGCAAAGACAAGAUUAUAGUUCUGCCAGACAACGACCCCUUUGAUAAAGUGAGCUUUUUGGUCACUUUAUACACAGGCAGUCGCUGGGGAGCUGGAACCAAAGCAGAUGUCUUUCUUCAGCUCAUCGGCCAGAAUGGCAUGAGUGACGUCCAUUGUUUACGGCACCCACAUUUUCCAUCUUUCCAACAAGGAAGCACUGAUUGCUUUCUGUUAACUACUAAGGAAGACUUGGGAGACAUUUGUUCCUUCAGGGUCUGGCACAAUAACAAGGGCCCAUCUCCAAGCUGGUUCUUAAGCAGAGCCAAAGUUGAGAAUACGUCCACCGGGAAGACCUGGUUCUUUAUGUGCAGGAAAUGGCUUUCUCUUGACAAGGGCGAUCACUCACUAGAAAGGACAUUUUCCGUCACAAACCCCAAGAUACCUCUGCCCAGAAUCGACUAUUUUUUGAUUAAUCUUGCCAACAGCCUGACAGAGGGCCAUCUGUGGCUCUCGAUUUUUGCUCACGUUCUCACUGGCACUUUCAGCAGGCUCCAAAGGUUGUCUUCGUGUUUAGCAAUAUUAUUAUUAAACUUGCUUGUUAACAUUAUGUUCUUUAAUGCUGACAAGAAUGAAGAAUCUCCAAUACACUUGAGGUAUUUGAGAUCAAUAACAGUAGGAAUUGAAUGUGCUUUGGUUACCAUACCUGUCGAAAUGAUUAUAAUUGCCUUAUUUAAGUAUUCCCAGAAGGAACCUUCUCCUCAUGGUGUGGCUCAGAUGGACCCAAAGUUAGGUUCCCCCCUCCUGUCUGGAAAUCUUAAGAAAUGGAAGGAACGUUUGCAAAAAUUGUACCUUUCAGAAACUUCAGCACAAUCGAGGAAUAUUAGUCCCUUGGAGAACCUUCCUGGUCCCAGCGACUCACAGAGCCCGCCAUGUUCCAGAAAGACAAGAAGCAAGGGAGCUCCCCAAAACUGGAGUAAUUGCACAGUUUCUGAAAGAGAUGCAAAUGUAAUUGGAACAGAGGAGCAGACGAUAACCGCAAAUUCCUCUCCAGUGGCUAAGGCCUGCCCAAGAAGGCCACCAUCAAAUUCCACUUUUAGUAAUAAUUACGCAGGAGAAGAGGGCAACUUUCAGAAAGAAAGCAAACCACUAAGCAUUACCUCCACGCCCUUUCGCAAGAGACCACGCAUAGUUUUUUGGUGGUGGUGCGUCUAUCUCUCAUGGGCACUAGUUAUAGCUGUCACUGGGCUAUCAUCAUUUUUCAUUGUGUUAUAUGGUUUGUCUUAUGGCUAUCAGACUUCACUAGAGUGGCUUUUAGCAUCUGCAAUCUCCUUUAUAGAGAAUGUGUUUCUCAUUUCAAUUCUAAAAAUCAGUUUUUUCUCAGCUAUGAGUACAAUUCGUCCAAAAUACUGUGAAAACAUCACAUGGUUAACUCAGGAAAAGUAUUCUGAGAUUAAGUUGGUGAAAGAAAUGAUGAGUGCUGAUGAGAUGAGAGAGAUGCACUUGAAACUUGCUAAAGUCAGAGGCACCAAGCAGUAUAAGCCUUUAGAAGCUGAUGAAAUUGCAAACUUGCUGAAAAGGGCAAAAAUUAAAGUCAAGGCAUUUAUUUUCACAAAAGGUUUCAUCAGUCACCUCGUCUUUUUAACACUGCUGUUAAAUUUUGGCUAUUCCACUGAGAAAGUCAACAGUUUCCACUACAACCGAUUCAUCCAUAACCAAUUCUCUCCACGACUCUCCAGUGUAGACAAGCUCGAACAUAUCUACGUGUGGGUGAAAGACUUGUUCCUGCCUUUGAUCCACAAUGACAUUCAGCCAACCUUUCUUCCCGAGAGCUGGUCCAAAAUCAUUGGUUUGCCUAGGAUGAGGCAAGUGCGGGCUAAAGGUACUGAGAAAAAAUGUUUCCAUCCUCACAGCUUUGUAAAUAACUUUGUGAUCAGUAAAAGCCACUGUCUUCACAAAUAUGGCAGUGACAUCCCAGAGAAAGGUGACUACGCUGGCACUUGGACAAAGGUUGCCAACCAGUCUGUUUCCAAGGAUGCCAGCAGUUACGGUGGGUUCACUUACCAGCGAAACAGGACUCCGUGGAUGUAUUAUUCAUAUGGAGAUUUGCACACAUAUGGACCAGCAGGAUACACGUUUUACUUUUUCCCUGGGGAAGGAAGAUCUAAUUCAACGACAAGGCUGGAUGCUCUACAACAGAGCAACUGGCUCGAUGAAAAGACGUGGGCUGUGAUCAUUGAACUAACUACAUUUAACACAGAUACAGAUCUCUUUUGCACCAUCUCAGUCGUAUUUGAAAUGUCUGAUUUUGGGAUCAUAAAACCAAGUUUGUCAGUACACUCUUUUGCACUCCCCAUUUUUCAUCAGCAAACUAAAGCUCAAAUGUUUGUGUUUGUAAUUGUUCUUGCCUUUCUGUUCAUUUACAUUGCAGAUGAGCUUCACAUCAUAGGCCAAGAAAAAAAAGAUUAUAUUAAAAACAUUUCCAAUGUAAUCAACUUUGGCUUGAAAUCAGCAUUCCUCCUUUUUGUUUUUUUAAAGGUCAUAAAGUUUAAGGUGGGAGCAGAUAUAGUGAAGUUCUACUUACUUCACCCAAACGAUUUCAUUUAUUUUCAUGCAGUUUCUCAUUUAGAUCAGAUUUUAAGGAUUACUAUGGGCUUUUUAGCAUUUCUUGUAGUUUUGAAAACUCUAAAAUAUUCUCAAUUCUUUUAUGACGUGCGCCUGGCACAAAGAUCGAUCUUGGCAGCCCUUCCUGGAAUCUCCUCAAUGGCCCUCGUGGUGGUGCUGUACUUCUUUGUAUUUAUGGCUUUUGGCUACCUUGUAUUUGGGCAGCAUGAAUGGAAUUACAAUAACAUGAUUCACUCAGCUCAGACCAUAUUCUCUUACUGUGUCUCAGCUUUCAGAGAUACUGCAUUUUCAUCCAACAGGUUGCUGGGUGGUCUUUUCCUAGCCUCUUUCAUGUUGGUGAUGAUCUGUGUCUUGAUCAAUCUCUUCCAAGCUGUUAUUAUGUCUGCCUAUGGAGAAAUGAAACAACCCGUAUAUGAAGAACCAUCUGAUGAAGCACAAGCGGUUACUUUUGUAUUGCAAAGGCUCAGAAGGAUAUUCUAUCUUCUGAUCUGUAAAACAUCCAAAACCAGUGAGCCUGAUCUUUUUCACAGUGUACUCUACGGGCAGCCUGAGAGAAAACAUCAGCGACAUUUAGGGCUCAAGAACAGAAAAAUAAAUGGGAAAAAAAUGGUUUAUCUUGUCAUAUGAGCAAGGAAAGAUUUUGUA